AACGACACACUUUAUUACUUUCACGCGAGCAGUGCACAUUUUGAAUGAUUAAAAUGUAUAGGCUCGUUGCGUUAGCCUUUGUGAUCGCGACCGUGACAUGCCAACAGCAGGAGGGGGCGAGACGCGUCCCAAAAUACGCGGGUGAUCCUAAAACAGCAGCUAUCGUACAAGAAGCACGCUAUCUCAACGGAAAUGGUGCAUUUGGCGCGGCAUACCAACAAGAAGAUGGAAUUGACUUCAAAGAAGAAACAGAUGCCGAUGGAAACAGAAGAGGCAGUUACUCGUACAUCGAUCCAACUGGACAGAGAAAAACUGUGAACUACAUAGCGGGAAAAAACGGAUUCCAAGCUAUCGGUGAUCAUAUUCCCACUGCGCCUCAGCCCGUAGCACCAACUCCUGGAUAUCAGCCCGACCCGCGGUACAAUUCUCCGAACUACAAAGCAUCUCAAUACAGUGCUCCUCAGCAGUACACUGCGGCUGUUACCCCUCGCAACUAUGGAGGCAAACCAAAUGAGGAUGAUGGACAAUAUUAUCCAGAGCUAUAUGAAAAGGAAAAUUAUGUGUCACCACAACAACAAUACCAACCGCAACCGCAACCUCAAGCACAGUACCAACCAGAGCCACAAUACCAACCACAACCACAACCACAACAAUACCAACCCGUGCCUCAAAAUCAAUACCAAAAUAACAAUAUCUACACAGGAGUACAACAAGCUCAGUACAGUGGUCUCCCUUCGCAACAAUACUCUGCACAGCAGCCCAUCGCCCGCCAGGAAUACUUCGAACCAACGACGCCUCCUCCAAACCGAUUUUUUCCUCCAGGCAAAUUUAGUCUAAACAGAGCGCCCGACGGCUAUACUUACUCGUUCCACAAAGUAUAAAUCCAAUUUAUAUAGAGAGCUCGGCGAUUUGUAAAGACCGAAAUACGUAAAAAACUCGCAUCAAUUAGCAAUUCGCCGAGUCAUCGGGGGUGGUCGUGAUGUGCGUACACGGCCGCUUCAAAAGCAUUUCUUAAUUGUUGUUUGCUGUGAUAUUGUGAGCUAAUGGACAGGUAAACAUGUUGUUAGUUUUUGUAACUUGUACAGAGGAAGAAUUGUUGAUGGAAGGCGUGUCAGUUGAUGAAACUGCACUUGUAAAUAAAAUUAGAUUUUAAUAAACGUAUCUUAAUCAAA